ACAGCACUGAAAAUGUAUGACUUAAAAUUUAAAUGUUCUAGAAAAGUUCUCCCCUCUUGUCCGGCUUGUAUUUGCAGGAAACACUAUUUGCACAUUGUUUUCGUGUGCUGUAAAUAGUAUCAUGUAAUAACAACAACGACAACAACAACUCUUUCGCUCAUGUCACCACAGCAAGAAAAACCAAGUUUGAAUCGAAUUAUUUCUGUCAAGAAACCAUCGUCACUUAUCAUUCAUACUUCGUUUAGUUUUGCCGUAAAGUAAAUGCUCCUUUGUGACGUAAAUACAGCUUGUAUCGAUUGCCUUCAGAAGUCUGUCAUUGUUUAAGUGUCAUCUCAUUGAUUUGCAUCCAAAUGACUUAAAAAAAUAAUAGAUCCUUCACAUAUAUUUUCUACCCACUAAAAUGAAAAUGGCCAAUGAGGUCAAUUCUCCUGCAGCCAAUGUAACCCGUGCCAAUGAAGAGGAUUCUACCACUAACAGAUUGGUCCCUGCGGCAAAUGCUCACUUUGGCAGUCAGCAGGGAAAUAGUCAGAGAACAUCUGGCAUUCAUAGAAAUGAUUGGGAGAUGCUAAGUUUAGAUGUCUCAAUGAGGCAGGUGAAUGUUUCUGGAGAGGGGCCAAGUCAGUCUUCUCUAUAUUGUCAGUCAGAUGCUGCAAAUGAUUUUGGAGUAAAAUUUCCUCCUAACUAUAACUGGCAAGCCACUAAAACUUCAGUGAAAGAGAGAUUCUCUUUCAUGUUUAACAAUGAAAUUUUGGCUGAUGUCCAUUUUAUUGUUGGACGUGGGGAAGCACAAGAAAGGAUUCCUGCACACAAGUUUGUUUUGUCAGUUGGGAGUGCAGUCUUUGAUGCCAUGUUCAAUGGAACACUUGCAACUAAAGGAGAUGAAAUAGACUUGCCAGACAUUGAACCAGCCGCCUUUUUGUCACUGCUGAGAUUUCUUUACUCUGAUGAAGUACAAAUAGGUCCUGAAACAGUAAUGACAACAUUGUAUACUGCCAAAAAAUAUGUUGUCCCUGCUUUGGAGAAGGCAUGUGUUGAUUUUCUUGAAAGAAAUUUAUGCAGUGAAAAUGCAUUUCUUCUUCUCACACAGGCAAGAUUGUUUGAUGAACCUCAGCUUGCAAAUCUUUGUCUUGACAACAUUGAUAAAAAUACUAAUGAGGCAUUCUCAGCAGAUGGAUUUCCUGAUGUAGAUCUCUCAACUCUCACUGCUGUGCUUGAAAGAGACACUUUAAGGAUAAAGGAGUCAAAGUUAUUUCAAGCUAUCCAGAGGUGGGCUGAGGCAGAAUGCCUCCGACGUCACAUACCAGUAACAGGGGAAAAUCAGAGAGCAGCCCUAGGUUCUGCACUCUCUCUUGUGAGGUUUCCACUCAUGACUGUCGAAGAAUUUGCAUCUGGUCCUGCUCAAUCGGGAAUUCUGACAGAUCGUGAAACCGUUCAACUUUUUCUCUACUUUACUGUGAACCCUAAGCCAUCUGUUGGGUUUUUGGAUGUUCCACGCUCCUGCAUGUCCGGGAAAGAGUUAACUGUUACACGCUUUGCUCAGGUUGAAAGUCGUUGGGGAUAUAGUGGUGCAAGCGAUAGAAUUAGAUUUAUGACGGAUAGAAGGAUCUUUAUUGCUGGCUUUGGACUCUAUGGAUCAAUUCAUGGACCUGCAGAAUAUGAUGUUUCUCUUCAACUGAUCCAGAAUACUUCAAAUUGUGUUCUUGGUUCAAAUCACACCACCUUCUCAUGUGACGGAACAAAUUAUACAUUCAGAGUAAUGUUCAAAAAUGCCAUUGAAAUUCAACCAAAUGUCAGUUACACUGCUUCUGCAACAAUUAAGGGCCCUGAUUCUCACUAUGGUACCAAAGGACAGCGCAAGGUUACAGUGGACUGCCAUGGAGAUGGCAAAGUUACCUUUCAAUUUCAGUAUGCUGCUGGAAAUAAUAAUGGGACUUCUGUUGAAGAUGGACAGAUACCUGAAAUCAUAUUUUACACAUGAUCAAUCUAAAUAUUAUCAUCUUCCCAGAUACAACCAUAAUAUUUUUAGUUUAAAAAAUAAUGCCUGUACAUAAGUAGUUAUUGGAGUUGAUCUCAUUUAAUCUUACACCUUUCCUUAUCAAUAAGGGUUUCAAAAUUGAAAUGUCUACAGUCAAAAUCAGUAGGUAAAGUUAUGCUUUAAACACGGUCAGAAGAUGUUAUUUUAGUUUGAACUAGGCACCUUUUCUAGAACGUGCACUGCUAAAGGCAGUUGCGCCUUUGGGAAAACUCACUAAAUGUACUUUUUAGAUGAAUUGUAAGAAUACUUGAUUAAGAAAGGUCUAAGGAAUGGUCUCUCGCUGUUAGAUAAAUCAUGUGAUAUAUGAACUUUUACUCUAUCCCUUUAAGGUAGUGUUUGUUUGACUGAUUAGAAGUAAUUAGGAAAAAGGUGUAUUAUAUUAUUUCUGUCAUGAGAGUUUAGUGAUAACCUACAAUAAAUCGCAUAAAAUGA